GUAAAAAUUGAUUUUAAGUGCUCGGUGAUUAAAUUUUUAUUAAUAUUUUAUUAGAUUUGUCGAAAUAUGUAUCGAUUACGGAUCUAAAAGAAAUAGCGUUGGUUAGAUAAAGAGUAUAGCGACAAUAACAAUGGGGAAACCUGACGGUGAGGGGGAGAAGGAAUCUGAAAACUAUGUUGACAUCGCAGACUUCGUCCUCGAAGUGGAACGCUUUUCCAAACUCGUAGAACCUUUCGCAUUUGUUAUCUUCGCUAUCGAUGAUUUGAGGAGGUGGAGAAUUCCGGCGGUGUCUUUGGUUCUGUGGGUUUUGUCCACUGUCAGCUGUAUCUUGCUCACUCAAGCUGCUAUGUUCGUGCUUGUCGCGUUUCUUAUCAUCUGUAUCUGUGCUGCCUGCCUGUUCCAGAUUCAUACCCGCAUCCUUGACAAGGUGUUACCCGAAUCUCACCGAGACUUCUUUGACCUGUGUGGAGAGGAAGAGAACAACACACUCAACACAGUGCGGGAAUUCAGAUACAGCCUGAUACAGAUGCACGACUUUGUUCUUAAAUGCAAUGAAUAUCUGUCCUAUUUCUAUGCACUACUGAAAUGGGAUGUCACCAUUCCGGCCAUUUUUUUUCAUGCUGAGAUCUGCAUAUUUCUAAUUGCCAUGGUGAUGUUUCCUGCAAGAUGGAUUUGUCUGUUAAUCAUUACCUGGUUCUUCCUUUGUCACAAAGACACAAUUGUGUAUUUCCAUCGACACUGGUAUUCUGUUCAGAAAAAAUACAUUGUAAAAGAAUCCAACUCUCUCUCUGAUGCUGGCAAUGAAACAUCAGCUAAGAAAGAGGUAAACACAGACACAAAAGCUGCAGGUGAAGGAAUCAAUGAAGAAGACAAAGAUUCUAACUGGGAUUUGGACGGUGAUGAGAAUCGGGCAAUGAGCAAACUCGAACCGGCUCCGUCGAAACCCGGAAUGGUGGCCAGACUGCUGGAGCUGAAGAAAAGACGACAUCAAAUGUCUAACGAGUGCUGCAAUGGUUGUAAAGCAUCGUUUUCACCCAUUUUGAAAAGAAGACAUUACUGCCGACAUUGUGGAAAUCAUUUCUGUAACAAGUGCUGCAGUCGAAAAGUACCAAGAGCUGUGUUUGGAGCCACAGCCCCAGCUGCCCAGACUGAGACUGUUCUUGUCUGUGUAAAAUGCCACCAACUUCUGACCAAGUCCAGCGACAAGGACAAGGACAAAGUGAGCUGACCGUUUCGUGUGCCGACCACCACCAGGUGUUCUGGGUCUGACCACCAACCACUGGUGUUUCUUCUCUUUUAGUAGUGACAGUGUGUUUUUCAAGGACCAGUAUUUUUAGACUGUUGGAUCAUACACAGAAAAACAGUCUAGGGAUCCAGGUUUGAUCUCAUAUUUAAAAGCAUGGGACUACCGAAGAAGAACAAAGGCAUUAUGGUUGGGUGUUACUAGCCCCACUCUGGAAUUUCUGAUGAAAUACCAAUAUAUGUAGAUUUCCAAUGUUAGAAGACAAGAAAGUGUGAUAAUAUUGUAUUCGUUCUUUAAAUCAACAGUCUUAUUUAAUCCCAUUUUUGUCAUCUAGACCUGUACUUAUAAAACUUCCAAAGUAUGGACUUUUAAUAAAGUCUGAAUGGCUAAAUGCUAUAUGUAUGACACUGUCAUGAAUAUUUUUCAGACAUUGGAAGCCCAAGUCCAUAUUUUUAAAAUGUUUUAUAAGCAUAGCGCCUGCUCUCAUUCAGGAGUGAAUCCAGGAAAUAUUGGAGGGAGGGAGGGAGGGAUAGCAAAGGGAAAAAGGGGCACAUGGACCCAUGAAAAGGGCAAUCCAUAUAUUUAUUUUUAAAGCCAGAAAACUAGUCACUAGAAUAUAUUUAGGAGAGAGAUGGGUUCCCUGCCUUUCUUCACACACACACACCCCUGGAUCUGCCUCUGUUAUUAAUUAUUUGUUAAAGUUUCAGUUAAUAAUUUUUAAACCGUGCUUCAAUGAUAUCUAAUCCAAUAACAGUGUGAGACAAGACUAACAGAUAUUUAGAGAGACUAUUCUAAGACUUGUAUAUAUAUAUAUAUAUAUAUACAUCCAUACAUACAUACAUACAUACAUACAGUGAAACCCCUCUAAACCGGACACCUUUGGGACCAA